AUGCAAUCCAACAUCUUUGCUGCCGUCCUCUGCGGUCUCCUCGGUACCGCUCUCGUCUGUGAGGCCGUCCCUCUCAGAACUCGCAGCCAAUCGACUGGCUCUUUCACCACUGCCGUCGCCAACACAACCAUGACAGCAAGCACCGCUACCAGCUCCAGCUCUAGCUCCUCUUACCGUGGUCCUCUCGCCCCAUACAUUCAACCCAUUGCCACUGUCUUCCCCGACUACACUUCGCAAUACGACUCCAAGACUGGUGCUGUCGACUUCCAUACCAAGCGAGGUCUCGUGUCCCGCUCCUCCAGCAACGGCGGUGCCGACAUCUCCACCCUCGUCACUUUCACCCUCGACUCCCAGUUCAGUUCCAACAUGUGCCAACUGGUGUUCGACCUGAAAGACUCCAGUUCCUGGGUAUCCGGCUCUAAGAAGGCGCAAGUCUUCACCUCCCUUGCUCCCGCCACUGCCGACAGCGAGUCCUGGCCCUCAGAUAACUUGCGAAACCAGGAACUGGGAUCCAUCAACAUUGUCGCCGGUGGUCGCGAGACCUGGGAAGCCGGCUCUGGCCCUGGUGCCACCGCCAAUGGUUACUUCCCUUGCUCUACCAUUGUCGGACACAUCUAUGGCGGUGAAAUCGUCCCUCAAGGUGAUAGCGUCGAGGUUUCUUGGCCUGCCGGUAAGGAUGGUGUCAAGAUUGUUGUAUGGUAA